AAAGCAAGGCAAAGCAAUGCUCGACUUUAUCCACUCCUCUCUCUCUCUCUCUCUCUCUCUCUCUCUCUUCCCUCACUCGCGCUCUUCGUCUCCCCCUUCUCUUUCGCUCUUUUGACGCUUCUCGAUCUCCGUUUCGAACUCUUUCUACUCGAGUUUUUCCAUUUACAGCAUUGAUCUGAUGAGCAUUUGCCAAACUUGUUGAUAUGUUGGAAGUUGAGAAUGAUGCAAGCAAAGGUGGGACUGCAAAAUAUGGUGAGAAAGACAAUUGGGCAGAACAAAGCAUAGGGGUAGACCAGUUGACAUUUAAGCUGGUUCAGGUUGAAGGAGAUCGGACUUGUAUUCCUGCCUUGGAGGAUGAAGCUAUGGAGGUUGAACAUCUACUUGCAGAACCACAAAGUGAGGAAGAUUUAAUUGUUGAUGUCAUGCAUUUGAACUCAGAGAACACAAAUCCGCGUUUAGGCAAUGAAGAUUUUCCAUGCGAAGUUGGUUGCGGUAACCCAAAAAAAGAUUUUGGCAUGCUGGACUCUGAUGAUGCACAUGUAGUGAAGCAGGAACCAAAGUAUGAAUAUGUCGAAAACAUGAUGCAAGGAAUUGAGGAGGAAGGAAUUCUACAUUUACCAUACAGUCUCUCUAGUGUUUGUCCUGAUCUUUCAGAUAUUGGUUUUCCAGAAAGUUCUGAAAUGGAUUAUGCUUCUGAAAAUAUGUCAUUUAUGAGGAAUUUUGGAUCAGAAUGCCAAACAAUAAGCAUAGAAAGAGAAGAGGAUGCUGGUGAAAUGUCCCAUUUGCCAAAUGCUAUUAUUCCAUGUGAAGGUACAUCUGAUUGUGCUCCAUCAUUCCUUGACAAUAUGAGCACCGAUGAGCUGCAUGAUGCCUUUAGAAGCAUGUUUGGACGGGAUACAUGUGUAAUGGACAAGCAGUGGCUUAAGCAUCGUGUCCUCUUUGGCUUGCAGAACCAUACUGAAGUGGGUUAUGCUUCUAGCCUUUUAGAAUGUGGCCUAUCAUCGGUAGAAAAUGAUGACGACAUGAUUUGGAUCCCAAAAAAUGUACCUGAAGAAAUAUGUAUUCCUUUGACUAAUAUCUUUGGGAGCAGCGCACUGGUAGUUGGCACUGGUGCAGGGAAGGAACGACAUUCUUGUGAGGAUGUCGCAGUGGCCAAUAUUUCUAAGGUUGGUAAAGCUGGAUUUGAGCCUUUAAAUUUAGAAGAAAGGCCAAGUGCACUUACAGCUACUAAGAGAUUGCGCAAACCAACACGGAGAUAUAUUGAGGAAACAUCAGAAAUGAUAUCCAGAGGCUGCAAUGAGAGAGCAAAAGCCCCCAUUGACAGUGCCCCCAUUGUCAGUUCCAGAGAUAAGCUUAGUCAUGUUAAGACAGACAAUAGAGGUGGGCAAGUGGUUUAUCAGGAAUAUUCACCGAGAUCUGGUAUUCAGGUACCUAACAGCCUGCAAUUCCGAAGAGGCCGUCCAAAGAAAAAUAGCUCUCUUAUGUUAUCAAGUUUUAUUCAGGGUAGUAAGAUCCUAGGGAGCAAGGAAGACAUGAUAUUCUCAGUUGCAUGUCAAGCUACGUGUGCUUCAAGGCUUGCUCGGGAUGAAUUGCAAGAUGGCCUAUCAGAUGAUUGUGCUACAGCAACUAGAAAUGAGAAAAGUGGGAUUCGAAGGAAGCAUCAUAGGCUGUGGACACUUUCAGAGGUGAUGAAACUUGUUGAAGGUGUUUCUCGGUAUGGAGUUGGCAGAUGGACUGAAAUCAAGAGGCUAUUGUUCUCAUCAUCUGCUUAUCGCACAUCUGUUGAUCUCAAGGAUAAAUGGAGAAAUCUCUUGAGGGCUAGUGGUGCACAGCUGCAUAACAGAAACCAGGUUGAGUUGCAGAAGAAGCACAUGUCACUUCCCAUACCUCAAUCUGUUUUACGACGGGUUAAAGAGUUGUCUAUAAUCCAUCCAUAUCCAAGGGAACGGAAGUCCAGACCUCCAUUAGUUUCCUCUUCUCCGGUCUCUGCUUGCAGUAAUGGCAUAUCCAUCAGCCGUAGUGGCCGAAUUGUACAUAAGCAAAUCUCUACCUAGUUAGGGGAUGAAACGGUAUACUUUUUUUUUUUUUUUUUUGACUUCAACCAAAAAAUAGUUCACCAUCACUGCUGUACAUAUGCUGACUUACACAGUAUACGGUAUCUUAGCCAGUCUUGUAUUUCACGAAAGUUUGGAUAGUCCCAUAAAUUUCAUUUUCAUUGUCUCAUA